CAAGGAAGGAAGCCUGAUCGCCUGUGAUCGCCUGAGUCCUCGUGCGCAGGAGCAGGAGGGUUUGAAUUGGUCUUGGAAGGGGGUCGACAGUUGUGGGAGGAGGAUUUCGGAUGGCUUCCUGUCGUCCUGGUCAGGCUCAGCGGCAAAUGGCUUCUGUCAACAUGUAGCUACUACCGUAGAAGCUUGUGCAAUAGUUGCCAGCUGCGAUUGAUCAGUCGUAUGCACUCCCAAUUGGCUACAGUAGGCUUCCGGUUCGGAUGUAAUAAGGUGAUUGCUGGCCAUCCAGGUGAUUACAGAUUAGGGUUCGCACUUGGUGUUUGACCUGAUUCGUUUCAUUGUAUAGGCGUGUAACAAGCACAAUCUGUGAGGCAUUCUGGGCAGCGCAACCAUGGCGCUUGUCGCAGAAAGCCAUGUUGGAACAUGCGCGUGUUCCCUGGUGGCUAGUACGUCUGCCUAUGACCGGCAGGAAUCGGGCUCUUUUGCGGGGACGUCAUCACUAGUUCGAGAGGCAAGAGCAACCUCAAGGCAUCGGCUGCAAACCUUUGGUCUGAGGACGGAGAAAGCAAGGAAGGCUCACGGGGAGGGUCUCUGGCCAGAGUCACAAGGCCCAGCUUGUUAUAGGAGUCCAAAAGUGCACCUGCAGGCAACUAGAUGCUUCCAGGAAGCUGCCGUUGCAGCAAGCAAGGAGGAGAGGGCGACAACUAGCGGAGGGAGAAGUCAAAUGGCGACGGCGGAGCAGCAGCUGUUUGCAGGGCUUCCUGUUCUGGAAAGAGAACAGGCGGUGGAGAAAGACGGGCUUUAUCCGGACUUGAGGCGGCCUGCCAGAACGGAACAAGAAGUGUUGCUUUCACAUUACAUACCUGUCUACGUUAUGCUUCCGCUCGACACCGUGACCCCUGACAACUUGCUCUCCCAUCCCGAGCGCCUCCUCAACAGCCUGCGAGCACUGAAAGCGGCGGGUGUCGAUGGUUGCAUGGCCGACGUCUGGUGGGGCGUUGUUGAAAAGAACGGCCCGAAGCAGUACGACUGGUCCGCAUACCGCGCGCUCUUCUCCGCCGUCAGUUCUGUGGGGCUCAAGAUGCAGGUUGUCAUGUCGUUUCACCAGUGUGGGGGUAACACGGGGGACAGUUGCUACAUCCCGUUACCCCCCUGGGUGCUGGACAUUGGGGAGCUGAAUCCCGACAUCUUUUUCACCAACCGGGACCGGAUGCGCAACCGGGAGUAUCUCAGCUUUAGCAUAGACGAGCGACCAGAGUUGGACGGGCGGUCAGCCAUCCAGGUGUACAAGGACUUCAUGGUCAGUUUCAGGAACGAGAUGCGGGAGUUCUUUGAGGCGGGUCUGUUUCACGAGAUCGAGGUCGGGGUGGGGCCUGCCGGAGAGUUGCGGUUCCCCUCAUACCCCGAGACGCAUGGGUGGCGAUUCCCAGGCAUUGGGGAGUUCCAGUGUUACGACCGGUACAUGUUGGAGCAGCUAGGCAAAGCUGCGGAGGCGGUGGACCGCUACGAGUGGGGCUACUCCGGCCCGCACGACUCGGGGCGCUACAACGACUGGCCGCACGCGACCGGCUUUUUCGGCAGCUACGAGUCGUUCAACAGCGAGUACGGGCGCUUCUUCCUGGAGUGGUACUCGAACGUGUUGCUCAAGCACGGGGACAAAGUGCUCGAGGCGGCGUCGGAGGCGUUUGAGGGGUGCACCACGCGGCUGGCGGCAAAGGUGGCGGGCGUCCACUGGUGGUACAACUCGCGAAACCACGCGGCGGAGCUCGCGGCCGGGUACUACAACACGCGCGAGCGGGACGGCUACCUCCCGAUCGCGGCAAUGCUCAAGCGCCACAACGCGACCCUCAACUUCACGUGCAUCGAGAUGCGCAACUCGGAGCAGUGGUUCGAGGCGAAGUGCUCCCCGGAGGGCCUCGUACAGCAGGUUUUGAACGCCGCGUGGAGCCAGGGCGUCGAAGUCAGCUGCGAGAACGCGCUCCCGCGGUACGACCUCGGGGCGUUCGAUCAGAUCAUUGGGAAUGCGCGGCCGGACGGGGUGCGAAUGGACGGGGUUCCCGUGCGGCGGAUCAGCUCGUUCACGUUCCUGCGGCUGGGGCCGGAGUUGAUGAUUGAGCACAACUGGAACGAGUUUGUGCGCUUUGUGCGGCGCAUGCACGCGGGGCUGGAUUAUCACCCGACCCCCGAGCUCUACUUCCGACCCCUUUGCCCGAUCACGCGGACUCAGGCGGAGGCGUCGGUUGCGCCCCCCCCAACGGAAACGGAAGAGCUGCUGGCCGAGGCUCCUGUAAAUACCUCCCCCGAGGACCAAGAUCAGACCAGCGGCUUCUUUGGCAACGUGUUUGGGUGGAGUUCGAAAAAGGCGCCCGAAGGCCCUUCCGAGCCUGUCGCGACCACCGCCAGCGAGCCCACUUCGCUCAUUCUGCGAGAGGAACCCCCCAAUUGGUUCUCCUUCCUCUCUCCCCCCCCUCCUGAACCAGAGAUCGAGCCCGCACCCGAAACAUCUUUUACCCCCUCACCCGAAACCACGCCCAGUUCAGUAGCCGCAGUAGUGCCGCCCCCUGUCACGCUAGAGAUCGAGAUUCUGGAAGUCGAUUCCACGCUUUUGGAAGCCGAUCAGACCAUCGAUGUUAGGGACGAAAGUCCGCCCGCUCUAGUUUCCCCCGGGGGGCCUCGGUUGGACGGCCCGAUGCUCGAACCGGUUGCUCUGGAGGAGCCAGGGGAGCUCUGGAAGGGCAAUCUUGAGGUUGGGAUUAACCGGUUGCUCCCGGUGGAAGAACCGGCGCCCCUGGAAGCACCGAGACGGAGUGUUGAAAGCGGGGCGAUCGAGAGCAUUGGUUCCGGGGGGGUGGACGCCGAGGAGGAUUCUUUGAGCGCGUAUUAUGGGCGGCUAGCGCGGAACGCCCUCGAAAAGAAGAGGGCAUUAGAAAGGGAGGCGCGGGAAGGGGCGCCGGUGGCUUUAGAUGCCGAGGUAAUUCCGGCCGGGACUGAUUCGGAGGCGCGCGAUAGCGAGGAGGGUUCCGGGCAGACCGGAGGGGUCAUGCGAUUCUUUGCGACGACGUUGAUUGGGCUCGUGAUUGGGCUAGCGCUUUGGCUGUGUAGCCCGAACGCGUCAGCUUCGAGGUUACGGAUUGCAACCGAGUUAGAUCAACAGGUACAGAUUGUCGCGAGGACGGUGCUGAGUGCGAGUAGGGAAGCGGAUAGCGCCCGCCGGAGCGUGGGCGAUUUCUCAUUCUCAUUCUUUCGGGAGCAGGGGAGUCAGGUGCAGGCGAUCAAAGCGUCGAUCACGAGGGAUGUAGGGCAGACCGUCGAUCAGACGGGGCUGGUUGCUCGCUUUGUCAAGGAGCAAGGCAAGAAGGGUGUCAGCAGAUUUGCUGACGUCAUCAAGGAUAAGGUGAUUCAAGCACAGGGGCAAGCAGCCAAGCUUGGGCAUGCUGCUCGGUUGCAGCUGGAGAGUUGGCGGGGAUGAGUGUGGUUAUGAUUGGGUUGCAACAGGGUGUGCGAAAGGGUUUGCUGCGACUAAUGGACCAACGACUACUUGUGCGUUUCAUAGAAGUAACGAGCUGCUAGAGAUCAAGUUGUAACGGGCUCGACAGUGCAAUCUACUUGGACACUCACAUGUCUGUUUUACAGUGAGUUGAGACAAUAUAUUGGUGUAAGUAUGGAUAUUAAGUCGGACCUUUCUAAGACGCCUUUUGAGUUCCUCUCCAAUAGCAUGCCUCGAGCACGUUGUAAAAUUGUUUUCAAAUGGGU